CAACCCACGGGCCCCUGCGGUCUCAGAGAAAGAGAUGUGCCUCAGCGUCACGAAGCUGAAACCUCUGUUGUCUUUUAUAUGGAUGCUAACAUAUUUAGUAGAGCUUCAUGUCUGUUAAAUGACUGGGGCUCAUGUUGUGUAAUACACCAGGUUAUGUGGAGGGGAAACACAGAUACGCGUUUGUUUUCUGCUAACAGUUCAGCGCUCCAGUGAUGGACGCUUGUCAGAUGGCGUUGAGGGAGCACAGCUUUUGAUGAUGUUUUAUCUGAAGGUCUGUGAUGUGGAGGUAAUAGCUGCAGCAUGUCUGUGGAGUGAGGCUGUUAGCUGUUUGCUAAAGGCAACGGUGCAUGGCUGCGGCUGGUGCCGCCGCCAUCACCGCCAGCUGCUCAGUCAUUUCACGCCUGUCUGAGCUUCCUGCAGCGAGCUGUGAAAAGCAAAGUGGACGUCUGGGGAGAAACAGGUUCAGCUUGAUGUGGUUUCAGUGUCCAGUAACUAAAGCGGCUCCAAAAUUAAACGUGUUGGACGGAUACACGCAGCAGUGCUGUCCUGUUAUUUGACAAGGAUGUUCUUCAGUCCAGUGUGGUGCAGUGUGAUUGAUUAGCGAGGCCUUUGGUGUCCUGUGAUCUCUGAAUUCAUUUCUCAGCCUUUAGUUACACAGCUGAUGAUUUGUUGAUCUCACCACAAACUCCUUUGAGCAGCUGGAGCUUCUGCACGGCCCCACAGCUUCUCCCAGGUGUCGUGGAGCUGGUGCUGAUCAGAUUAAUUGGAGCACUUUGAGGACUCUUGUCUGUGCUGGAAACAACGGCUGAAGGGCUUCUAAAACCAGAAACAGUGGACAAGCUCCCUCUGCUGAGCUGCAGAACAGCCACUACACGGAUCUUUUUACCAUCCAUGUGAUGGCUCAGCAGGCGACGGCGGGAAGGCGCUACCUGCGGGCGUUCGUCAGCGGCUUUUUCGUCGCCGUUCCUGUGACCGUCACCGUUCUCGACCGGUUUGCCUGCGUGGCCCGAGUGGAGGGAGCGUCGAUGCAGCCCUUCCUGAACCCAGAGGGAGCUUCGGGCUGUGACAUCGUCCUGCUGAACCGCUGGAGUGUGAGAAACUACCAGGUCCAACGAGGCGACGUCGUGUCCGUCGUGUCGCCCAAGAACCCCCAGCAGAAGAUCAUCAAGCGGGUCAUUGGCCUGGAGGGAGACUUCAUCAGGACUCUGGGCUACAAGAACCGAUACGUUCGAGUCCCUGACGGUCACUUCUGGAUCGAGGGGGAUCAUCACGGCCACAGUCUGGACAGCAACAGCUUUGGACCAGUGUCAGUGGGGCUGCUCCACAGCCGAGCUUCUCACAUCAUCUGGCCGCCAAAUCGCUGGCAGCAAAUCAAACCGUGUCUGCCCCCCAACAGAGGACCGCUGGAUGCUGAGGAAGAGGAGGGAUGAACACACAAGCUCCGCCCACACGCCGUAUCACCUUUACUGUUUCUACGAUGUGAAAUUGAGGAGGAAACACACGUUGUUGUUAUGUGAACUGUUGGACUGUGGCUGCAGAGAUGUGAACGACCACAGGACAGCUGAAGUCCUGACCCCGACAUGAACCUGGUCCACGACCACUGGUUGAAUAAAACAAAAGAUCUGAGGACAGAAACUUGCAAAGCACAUUCAUUUUACUGUUUGCUGUCGUUUUGUAAUUAAAACAAUGGAUGCAUUAAUUGUGGAAAGAAUUAUUGGAUUACUUUAACAUAAUUCUGACUGCGUUCUUCUCCAUCCUCUGAA